AUGGAAAAAUGCUUGCUCUGGCUUCUCCUGCAUGGAGCAGAUGUCUCCUACCAGACCAGUAAAGGAUGGACUGCUGGGCAUGUGGCAGCCAUAACAGGACAAGACCAGUGCAUGAAGGCACUCAUUGAGCACAGGAUUGACCUCACAGUGAGAGACUCCAGAGGCUGCACCACAGCACAUCUGGCAGCAGCCCAUGGCCACGCUGGGACCCUGCACACCGCCCUACGCCAAGGAGUGGACGUGAACACUACGGACAACAGCGAAUGGAUGUCUAUACACCAUGCUGCGUUCCAUGGGAGACUGAACUGCAUGCAAACUCUCACCAGAUGGGGAGCCAAAAUACACUCAGUGGACUACAAUGGAAACACACCAGCUCAUCUGUCUGCGGCGGAGGGUCACCUUAUGUGCUUCAAAUAUCUGCUUGCAAAGUGCUCGUGUUUAUACCAUGGGAUAAAUAUGAGAAACAACCUCGGAGAGACGGCCAGAGAUCUC